AUGAAGUUCAUAUCCCUUUCACUCGCCGCACUUGCGGCCACGGCCUCCGCGCAGGUCAAAGUCAUGCUCCUCGGUGACUCCAUCACGGAAAUCACCUGCUGGCGCCCCCUCGUCUGGGAGCAACUCACCUCAGCCGGCAUCGCCGGCAACGUCGACUUUGUGGGCAGCAUGAACGACCUACAAGGGUGCUCCGCGCCAUCAGGGUUUGACCGGGACCACGAAGGCCACUCCGGCUGGCAGGUGUACGACAUCGCGCGGAACAACAUCGCCGGCUGGGUCCAAAACACCAAGCCGGAUAUCGUGCAGUUCAUGCUUGGCACCAACGACGUCAACAUCGGCAAGCGGGAUGCGACCAGCAUUCUGGGCUCGUUUGAGUUGCUGAUUACUGCGAUUCGGAACGCGAACCCCAAUGCUAAGAUCAUUGUCGACAAACUGAUCCCCACCAGCUGGUCCGACGCAACCGUCGAAGCCGUCAACACCGCCCUCCCCAACUGGGUAGCGCAGCACACGACCACCGAAUCCCCCAUCGCCAUCGCCGACUGCUCGCGCGCGGCCGGUUUUACCAACGCCAUGUUGCGGAGCGAUGGUGUCCACCCCAACGACCAGGGCGACCAGUUUAUCGCCAAGGCGGUUGGCCCUCAGCUGAUUACGUUUAUCAAUGAUGUUUUGGGUGCUAGUGCUUCCAGCGGUGGUAGCACGUCGAGGCGGAACCGGAGGCGUCUUUAG